AUGGCCAUCAACCCCCAUCUCGGUACUCCCGAGGAGCUUAAAGCCCUGGUGGAUGCGGCUCAUGCCAUGGGCUUCCUGGUCAUGAUCGAUGGUGCCCCAAGGCUCCUUUUCUCUCCUUGCUUCUUUCCCUCCUCCCAACUUCCUCUCCUCCUCUCCGCUCGUCCCUCACCCCACCCACCAGUAGUUCUCAACCACGUGGGGUGCCCUCAGGGUGGGGGGCCGUGUGACACGUGGCAGGAGGGGAUUCGCCCGCCUCCAUGGCUCAACGACAGCUAUGCUCCCUUCAACGAGAGCGCCUCCUUCCACCCGCCCUGCGAGGUUGAUUUCAGCCAAUACGACACCGACAACUGGCAGCGCUGCUGGCUUGCCAGCCUCCCAGACUUCAACCAAUCAAACCCUGCCGUUGCCGCAGCACUCGUGAGGUCCACCGCCUAUCUCGUGCACACAUUUGGAUUCGACGCCAUACGAGUCGAUGCAGCACACCACAUGCCACCCGAGUUCGUCCGCUCCCUCGCCUCCCACCUCCAAGUGCCAGCCUUUGCAGAGCUCUCCAUCCCUUCGCUGCCCCUCCUCCAUCGCCUGCUGGCAGGGAGGGUGUACACGGUGAGUCAUCUCGCUGCAACGGCUCCCUCACCUCCCUCCCUCCCACCUCGGAGUCCCAGAUUUUGCACAGCUUUCCAUCCCCUUGCCGCCCCACCCCCAUCGACUGCUGGCAGGGAGAGCGUACACGGUAAGUAUGUGUGUGGGGGCGCAACCCCAUCGACUGCUGGCAGGGAGAGCGUACACGGUAAGUAUGUGUGUGGGGGCGCAACCCCAUCGACUGCUGGCUACAACCCAGACCCAGAGGAGUUGUCUUUCUUGAGGCGCCUCUAA